UUUCUCUAAGCAGCCUGAGGUAAUCUGUGAAAAUGGUUCGCUAUUCACUUGACCCGGAGAACCCCACGAAAUCAUGCAAAUCGAGAGGUUCCAAUCUUCGUGUUCACUUUAAGAACACUCGUGAAACUGCUCAGGCCAUCAGGGGUAUGCAUAUACGAAAAGCCACGAAGUAUCUGAAAGAUGUCACUUUACAGAAACAGUGUGUACCAUUCCGACGUUACAAUGGUGGAGUUGGCAGGUGUGCGCAGGCCAAGCAGUGGGGCUGGACACAAGGUCGGUGGCCCAAAAAGAGUGCUGAAUUUUUGCUACACAUGCUUAAAAACGCAGAGAGUAAUGCUGAACUUAAGGGUUUAGAUGUAGAUUCUCUGGUCAUUGAGCAUAUCCAAGUGAACAAAGCACCUAAGAUGCGCCGCCGGACCUACAGAGCUCAUGGUCGGAUUAACCCAUACAUGAGCUCUCCCUGCCACAUUGAGAUGAUCCUUACGGAAAAGGAACAGAUUGUUCCUAAACCAGAAGAGGAGGUUGCCCAGAAGAAAAAGAUAUCCCAGAAGAAACUGAAGAAACAAAAACUUAUGGCACGGGAGUAAAUUCAGCAUUAAAAUAAAUGUAAUUAAAAGGAAAAAAAAAAAAAAAAGAAAAAGAAAAACAAAA